AUGGGUGAAGUGAAUUUACAUGUUUUUCGUUCUCUGUUUGCAGACUCCUGGCUUAGCUGUGAGAAGACUGCUGUUCUUCAAGGUGGACUUCUCCUUGCAAACCAGCUUCGCCAACCUGAGCAACUGUGUACUAUGAGAAAAGAGGAUUGGGCUAAGAUUGGGAAACCAAUUAUUCAGGCGGUCACCGAAAUAUGCAGACAGGUGAGAGGAGGUUAUGACGACAGAAUACACUGGAGAAAGAAGACUCUCUGUAUCCUAUGGAGUAAGCUCUUGGAAGUUGAGAAAGGGGAGGAUAUUGAUGUCAGAUGGAUGGAAAAUCCACUCUUUGCUGUGCAAAACAGCCUCCCAGAAAUUAACCAUUCAGUACUUUAUGAAUUAGUGAAGGCACUGGGCCUCUCUAAAAUCUAUGUGGAGUUGCUGUUAUGUUUUCAACCGUCUGAGAUGGGCAUAGAGGUACAGCGCCUGGUAAAACAUAUUACAAAUUGCACCACAGAGAAGGAUGUUCAGUUGCUGCUGGAAGUGUGGUGGGAACUGCUGAAGGGCAGAGGAGGACAGAAAGAUACUUUGGACCAGCUGUUUUCUGAGCAGUGUGCAAAUUUCACCCGGUCAUCUACUGACCCCUCUCUCCAAGCCUCAAAGAGGUUCAAACCUGACCCAGAAUCACAGGUUCCUCCAUUAUGCAUAGUGUCCACCCUGUUAUGUGGGUUGAAGGAAGUAAAAGACCAUAUCAAGACUCCAGACAUGUGUCACUUUGCUCUUUCCAAUUGCCUUGACACCCUCUAUACCUCCUACUUGUUAGACCAUGCUACAGACCUCUCUAUAGAGAAUAAACUGGAGGUUAUUUCCAGGUUAGUGAUGCUCAAAAACACACAUGAUGGAGCAGAAGGAUUUGACCUUGUUGAGGCCAUUUGUGAGGCCCAUCAAGAACUCGCUGCUAUACUCACUCCUACUCAGUACAAACCAUUUGGAAUAACGCUAGUGCAAGCCCUGCAGAUAGCCAUAGAGGUGACCUCUGGUUGGGAGGAGAAAGGACUGUUGACAUUGACACACAUUAACGACCCCAUAUACUCAGUGGUACGUCUGAAAAAUUCUCUAAAGCGAGUAAUAGAGUCUUUGGAGAAGCUGGCACUGCCUGAAACCAUGGCAGGAAACAAACAAAUGGUGACUGCAUUGACAAAUAUGUUGAAAAAUUUGGCAACAUCAGUGACUUUUCCUGAUCCGGAGAGCUCUUUGGUGGAAAAAGCAUGUGUUGCUAUAGCCAUUACUGAUAACCGUUUGGAAGGAUUCCAAAGACUUCCCGAAUUAUUUGCCUCAGAACUAAACUGGGCUUUUAAUGUGCCUGAAUGGCUCACCUGCCUCGAACGAAACAAAAGUGCCUUUCAGCACAAAGACCUCAUCAUGAAGUUGGUCUCUACUCUCAUAGCCAAAUGCCAAACUGAUGCUGAUGUAAAGUGUUCCAAAAAACUGAAAGAAAUUAUUGUUGACAUAUUCUCCCAGCUUUCAUUAUCUGACAAAAAUGAGACGCUGGCUGAAAUGCUCGCCAUCUCUCCAAAGGGCCUCCAUGGAUGUCUUCCCAAAUCUGUUAUGAUAGGCUUUGAAGAAGAACUGAAUCUGGCUUUCAACUGCAUCAUUCAGAGUGGUGCGGAGAGCAGUCUCAGCUCUGCCGUUUCGGCCGUGGCCCGCGUUGCUUUCCAGAAUCCAGAGGCCACGCUUUGCAGGUGCUGCCACUUGGCUGUAAUGAACUUGGGAACUCACACUCUCAUAGCCAAGCUACUUCAGCAGCUCCCAGGCCUCAGGAGCCCACCAGGUCAACCUAAAGAGACGAGGAAGCCUGAGGGGAACCUGCUGUGUUCCUGUCUUCUUAAAACUGUGCGGAACAAACUCUCAACCUCGCAGGAAGAGGACCAGCUCCUUAGUUUUGUCGGUGCUUUGAUGGAACCAAGUAUAUCUGGGGCCAGGGGUGAAAAGCUGAGUUUCCUACAUCCAGCGGAGGUUUUGGGAAACUUUGUCCUCUCUAACCUCAUCUCUUCCUCCUCUCAGUCGUCCUAUAGCCUAGAGAUGUGCUUGCGACUGCUCCAGUCUUCCCUCACACGGGAUUUGCAGACUGAGUCCACGCAUUGGGUGAUGAACUGCUCCCCAUUCCCACUCCUGUACUGCCUGUCCCAGCUUCUGAAUGAAACUGUCCGAUGCUGGGAGGAAUCGCCAGAGAACAAACUUUGCUUAUCCAUGGAGUGCAAAGAGCUGCUGAUAUCUGCUCUGAGAACUCUGGGGGAGGUGAUUGGGAAGGAGGUUUCUCUGGCUCCCAGUGUCUGGUCCAGAGCUCUCUCCUGGCUGUAUGGGAGAGUGGAGCAACUUGACUGGACUGUCCGUUUUCAUCUGAAAGAGGUUUGGGGAGAUCAUUUUAAAUAUGAGGUGCCAAGCUCUUUGAUGUCUGUCUGUAAUCUUCCAGACCAUGAGUGGUCUGGUUUGAACCUGCCUCAGUAUGGGCACGGUACUGGACUUCUAGCUUGGAUGGAGUGCUGCUGUCUCUCUGACCAUGUGCAGAGGACAAUGCUGGACUCCCUCUCUCUGGACCAGCGAAACCCAGACGAAGUCAGUAUGUUCAGCAAAGGCUUUUUACUGGCUAUAUCACAGACUCUACCAUGGUGCACAAUUGGGGAAUGGGAGAGACUCCUGAGAGCAAUACGAGAGCUGUUGGUAUCAGGGAAGCUUCAUGUACCGUUCUCUCUAGAGUACAUCGACUUUCUCCCGUUACUUGAUCUUCGUUCGUUCGCCUACGAGAUGCGUCUGUCUGUGUUGCUGCUACGCGUCUUCCAGUUGCUCUGUGGCUCCAGCUGUUCGGGCUGGCUGCCACCUCAAGGCUGGGCACACGCUGAACGACUCUAUGCCUGUGCCGUCAGAGAGAUCAUCGGCUCGUUAAAGGCCAAGGUGCCUCUCCCGACCACAGCCAAUUCUCCAAAAGUCGCCAAGACAGAUGGUAAAGCUGGCAGUGAGGAGGUUCUGUUUGUGCUUUCUCAACUGUUUUGCCACGUUGUGCACGUGCAGGUGAUGAUGCAGGGCGGGGCAGAGCCUUUGUUCCUCUGCGCUUUGGAGAUUCUGUCUCACUACGAGGCCGUGGUCACGGCGUACCCCAAGAGUUCAUCUGCACUGCAGGAUGAAAACACGCGCCACUUCCUCACCACUAUCGCAAACAACCUGGAGAACGCAGAAAUGAAAGCGGUCCUGCACCAAAAGAUCGCUCAGCUAUAA